GCGCACUGCCGCAAAGAAGGCACGUUGGUUGAGGAAAAAGAAGCAUGGCGGACAUCAGUCAAGGGAGUUCAGAGCUAAACACAGCAGAAACUCAUGAAGGAUCUAGCAGUGAAGAUGAUAACACGAACGAAGACAGUGGCGAAACUCAGGAGGCGGUAAAGACCUUCCGAGACUUGGGUGUCACCGACGUGCUGUGCGAGGCUUGUGAUCAGCUGGGAUGGAAGAAUCCAACAAAGAUUCAGAUUGAAGCUAUACCAGUGGCCCUGCAAGGGAAGGAUGUCAUUGGCUUGGCUGAGACCGGUUCAGGAAAGACAGGGGCGUUUGCUCUGCCCAUCCUUCAGUCCCUAUUGGCCUCUCCCCAGAGGCUACACACCCUUGUCCUAACUCCCACCAGAGAGUUGGCCUUUCAGAUCUCAGAGCAGUUUGAGGCUUUGGGUUCAAGCAUCGGCGUCAAAUGCGCUGUCGUAGUUGGUGGAAUUGACAUGAUGUCCCAGUCUUUGGUGUUAGCCAAGAAACCACAUAUUGUCAUAGCUACACCCGGUCGAUUGAUAGACCACUUGGAGAACACGAGGGGCUUCACCUUGCGAGCACUGAAGUUUCUUGUCAUGGAUGAAGCAGAUCGAAUACUUAAUAUGGACUUUGAGACUGAGGUGGAUAAAAUAUUAAAAGAGAUUCCCAGGGACAGACGCACCUUUCUUUUCUCUGCAACCAUGACAAAAAAGGUCCAAAAGCUCCAGCGGGCCGCUCUGAGAGACCCGGUCAAGUGUGCUGUUUCUACCAAAUACACUACAGUAGAUAAACUGCAGCAGUACUACAUCUUCAUACCAUCCAAGUACAAGGACUGUUAUCUGGUGUCAAUCCUCAACGAGCUGGCUGGCAACUCCUUCAUCAUUUUCUGCGGAACCUGCAACAGUGCGCAGCGUGUAGCGCUCUUGUUGAGAAACCUUGGUAUUACUGCCAUCCCUCUUCAUGGUCAGAUGAGUCAGAACAAACGUCUAGGAGCACUAAACAAGUUCAAGGCUAAGUCGCGGUCAGUUCUCCUGGCAACCGAUGUGGCAUCCAGAGGACUCGACAUUCCGCACGUUGACUGUGUCAUCAACUACGACAUCCCUACGCAUUCCAAGGACUACAUCCACAGAGUCGGGCGGACAGCAAGAGCAGGUCGAUCGGGGAAGUCAAUCACGUUUGUCACCCAGUAUGAUGUGGAGCUUUUCCAGAGAAUUGAAAGCCUGAUAGGAAAGAAACUUCCUGCCUUCCCCACCCACGAAGAGGAGGUGAUGAUGUUGGUGGAGAGGGUCAGCGAGGCCCAGCGAUUUGCCAAACUGGAAAUGAAAGAACAGGGUGAGAAAAGGAAAAGACCCAAAGAUCGAGCUGGAGACGAGGAUGACACAGAGCAAGCGAGCGGCGUAAGGAAGAAGGUGAAAGGAGGCUCGGGAGCAAUACGAGUAGGCGGGAAGAAGAGAGGCGGCGGUGCCUGGAGAGGCGGACGUUGAGGCUUCCAAUUUAACAAAAGACUGUACAUAACCACAACAUAAAUAUCUUCUUUUUGAUGCCAAAACUGGAACAUGGUCACACCCAGUUUUCCUGCCUUUAGCUUUCGAAUACAUUGCCUCUCUGUCAUUGCAUUUUCCCAUUUGUAGUAAAAUUUCAUAACUUGAAGCUUUGCUCAAGAUUUUUUUUUCCCGCGGGGCGCGGACCCAAGCAGGAGUUAGUACUCUCAGUUGAAUUUAUAGUGAUGAAUAUUCAGUACAGAGUUAGAUUUUGAGUGUCCGGCUGAAGAGUGUGUCAAGUUACUGCUGUAUUUAAGAGUUUUUAGUUUAAUAAUUGUGGUAUUUUUCAUAGAAUUAUAUACUCUAAAUCAAAUGUUGAGGUUAGAAAUGUCAGUGUAGGUAACCUCUUUGUGCAGUAGCAUAAGAGUGUCGUCCCAUGGCACAUGAACAUUCAAUCUGUUACUGCAGUAAUUUUGAUUCACAGGAUGAAAAGAGCCACAUGAUCGGAUCUCUAUUAUUGUCAAAGGCACUGAAAGAGUGAAGUGAAAAAAUUUUCUGCUGCACACCUAUUUAUAUUGCUUGCAAUGAAAAAAACAAAGGAGAUGGGGGGGAUUAAAUUAUUAUGAUUUUACACAAAACUCCAAAAAUGGGCUGGACAAAAGUAUUGGCACCCACAGCCUGAAACAACCUUUAGACAAAAUAACUGCGAAGAACCGCUUCCAGUAUCCAUCAUUGAGAUUCUUGCUAUACUCUGCUUGAAUUUCAGACCAAUCGUCUUUGGCCAACUGCUCCAGAUCUCUGAGAUUUGAAGGGUGCCUUCUUCAAACUGCCCUUUUCAGAUUUCUCCACAGGUGUUCUAUGGGAUUCAGGUCUGGACUUAUUGCUAGCCAAUUUAGAAGUCUCCAGUGCUUUCUCUCAAACCAUUUUCUAGUGCUUUUUGAAGAUGUGUUUUGGGUUAUUGUCCUGCUGGAAGACCCAUGACCUCUGAGGGAGACUUGGGUUUCUCAGACUGGGCCCUACAUUAUGCUGCAAAAUUUUUUGGUAGUCUUCAGACUUCAUAAUGCCAUGCACACAGUCAAGCAGUACAGUGCCGGAGGAAGCAAAGCAACCCCAAAACAUCAGGGAACCUCCACCAUGUUUGACUGUUGGGACCGUGUUCUUUUCUUUGAAGGCCUCGUUAUUUUUCCUGUAAACUCUAUGUAGAUCCCUUUUACCAAAAAGCUCUACUUUUGUCUCAUCCGAGCAGAGAACAUGCUUCCAAAACGUUUUUGGCUUUCUCAGGUAAGUUUUGGCUAACUCCAGCCUGUCUUUUUUAUGUAUCUGGGUCAGAAGUGGGGUCUUCCUGGGUAUCCUACCAUAAGAGUCCCUUUUUAUUCAGACGUCUACGGAUAGUACGGGUUGACACUGCCGUACCCUCGGACUGCAGGACAGCUUGAACUUGUUUGGAUGUUAGUCGAAGUUCUUUAUCCACCAUCCGUACAAUCUUUCGUUGAAAUCUCUCAUCAAUUUUUCUUUUCCAUCCACCUCUAGGGAGAUUAGCCACAGUGCCAUGGGCUUUACAUUUAUUGAUGACCGUGCGCAUGGUAGACACAGGAACAUUCAGGUCUUUGGAGAUGGACUUGUAGCCUUGAGAUUGCCCAUGCUUCCUCGCAAUUUUGCUUCUCAAGUCCUUAGACAGUUCUUCGGUCUUCUUUCUUUUCUCCAUGCUCAAUGUACACACAAGGGCACAAGACAGGUUGAGUCAACUUUAAUCCAUUUUAACUGGCUGCAAGUGUGAUUUAAUUAUUGCUAUCACCUGUUAUGUGCCACAGGUAAGUAACAGGUGCUGUUAAUUACACAAAUUAGAGAAGCAUCACAUGAUUUUUCAAAGGGUGUCAAUACUUUUGUCUGUCCCAUUUUUGGAGUUUUGUGUAAGAUAACGAUUUAAUUUUUUUCCAUUCUCUUUUGCGUUUUUUAUUGCAUGCAAAAUUAAGAUCUUACUACCAAAGCAUUUGUAACUGCAAUCAUUUCGUGGGAGAAAUUGAGUAUUAUCUGACAGAAUUGCAGCGGUGCCCAUACUUUUGGCCAGCACUGUAUGUGAUACCCACCUACAGCAUUAUGGUGUCUAAGUAAAACUAUGAUUUAUGUGAGAAACCAAAUUGUUCAUCUGUGGAAUUUGGUAAUUUGUGCCUCCCAUAUACUGUAAUUUAGAGGCUGAAUAUGGGCAUUUUUUGCCUCAGGUUUUCAUAUUUAUGUAUAAUGAAUAUUAAUAUUUAUUCAGUGAUUUUCUUACCGUGUGAAAUCAUCAAGUGUUCUACGGGGGAAAAAAAUCUUCAAUUUCACUUAAUUGUUCCAAAUAUCAGGAUUUAUUUCCUACUAAUACUGUAAUCCAUUUGUCUUCGUCCAGCUAUGCCAGCAACAUCUAAUUAAUAGUAUACC